AUGCCUCUCCUCCCACUAUCUGGCUCACCGGAUGGAAUUACAUCUGAUUGGCUCCGAGCAGGCUUCCUCGAGCCGAGUCCACGGAAACUCUUGUCUCUGGUAUCCCGGAAACUAACUCGUCGACGGGAAAGCGCAACACCCAAAUUGCCCCUCAUUCUAGGCGUUGUUUUUGGUGCUUUCGCGCUUAUCCUAAUCUGUUCAAUCUGCUGGGUUUACUACAAACAACGGAAAAUCAAAAGUCACACCUCCAUCUCACCCGAUGUGAUUAGCAGACCAUUUCCCUUAGAAGCCAAAUCAUAUCCCGUAGACACCAAACUAGGUCAUUCACGCAUCCAGCCAGCCGUUUCAACCUUCCCACUACGACCAGCUCCUGUUGAGAUUGCUUCUCCUCAUCGCAGACGACGACGACAACCCGCCGCACCACCAGUUCCCCCGCCUUCUGCAAGCCGCCUACGACUCGAACGGCAAAUUGAACGUGAGCUGCAAAGGGCUCAAAGGAGGGAGAAAAUACGUGAAAAGGCAGAAAUAAGAGAGCGGGAGCGGGACCAAGCGGAAAGAAGGACGAGCACAUCCAAGUCGGUUCUUGGACUGCUUUGGCACCUUCCACCUGUCUCUGAAGGGUAUGGUGUAGGACUUAUGACGAGGGAGAACCUAGACUUUAGACGUCUACCCUCAUAUCAUGCUGGAGAUACACGAGUUACUGAAUCCAUGAAUGAAUGA